UUAAAAUUAAAAAGGACAAGCUGUGGCGUAUCCAGGUCCACUGAAAAUGACCCUUUUGGUUGCAUGUACCUUCCUUCAUUCCCACCCUUUUCCAUUGUUCAUUAUAAAUAAUUGUUGCACUUUGUUUCUGGCAGCAAACACAACUCCACCACUAUUAUACAACUAUAAUAAUAACGGCUGCAUAGAUAGCACACUUAGCCAUUAGUAUCCAACUAAAACCGCAACACUUUGAUUUUUCUCUUAUCUCCUUUUCUCUUCUAUAAAUAUGGCUCAUCUGAGCCACAAGACCUUGGUUUAUCUUCCAGAAAUGAGGCCUGAACAUGAAGCUGAGGAAGGCCAACCCAGAAAAAGUCUUGGUUCUUUUUCUUCUUGGCCUCAUCGUUUGGAGAAUGUUUUCCCCGUUUAUGCCAUGGGAACUUCCAACCCUGCAGUCUUGGAUUCUUCACUUCACACUUCUGAUUGUCUUGAUCCUAUUUGGGAUGCUGUCAGAGAAGAAGCCAAGUUAGAGGCAGAAAAGGAGCCAAUUUUGAGUAGCUUCUUCUAUGCCACUAUUCUGUCUCAUGAUUGCUUGGAGCAAGCAUUGGCUUUUGCUCUUGCCAACCGACUCCAAAACCCUACUCUUUUGGCAACUCAGCUGAUGGAUAUAUUUUCUAAUGUGAUGAAGCAUGAUAAAGGUAUCCAGCAAUCCAUUCGCUUGGAUAUUCAGGCAUUUAAAGAUCGGGAUCCUGCUUGUUUGUCAUAUUGCUCAGCACUUUUAUAUAUGAAGGGCUACCAGUCUUUGCAAGUAUAUCGAGUAGCUCAUGCUUUGUGGGGCCAGGGACGCAAAGUUUUGGCCUCAGCUUUGCAAAGUCGAGUUAGUGAGGUUUUUGGAGUUGAUAUACAUCCAGCUGCAAAAAUUGGGGAUGGAAUUUUAGUAGAUCAUGGGACAGGUGUUGUUAUUGGUGAAACAGUUGUUGUUGGAAACAGAGUUUCAUUGAUGCAAGGUGUAACUUUUGGCGGCACGGGUAAGGAAACAGGUGAUCGGCAUCCCAAAAUUUCUGAAGGUGUUCUAAUUGGAGCACAUGCAACUAUACUUGGGAAUAUAACAAUUGGUGAAUGUGUGAUGAUAGCUGCUGGCUCCCUUGUGUUACAAGAGGUUCCUCCUCACAGCAUUGUGGCUGGUGUACCAGCAAAGGUUAUUGGAAGAGUACAUGAGCAUUAUCCAUCCUUAACCAUGCAGCAAGAUGAAAAUAAGCAUCUAUCGGAGGAGUUUUUCUAUAGCAAAGAUGAAACCACAGAAAAUUACUACAUAAAUUGAGGUGCUGAAAAAAAA